AGCAGCAAGACACUCAGAUCACGUGACCUCGUGUUGCCUUUGCAGCUCUCAAGCUAGCGGUGUUCUCAAUAGCGUCCGGACCGGACUGAACCGAACCGGACCGAGCUUCGGCCUGUUAACCCACAGACCCACAGCUGGGAGGAUGAGCUAACCGGUGGAGAGGCGUUCAGGCUCUCAGGUGUUAUCAGCAGCAGGAUGCCCAUCCCGCCCCCUCCUCCUCCCCCCCCCACCUUCAGCCAGGCCAACACCACCCCUCCAAAGCUGAACAGGGAGGAGGUCAAAGGUCGCGGCGCCUUGCUGUCGGACAUCUGCAAAGGCACCAAGCUGAAGAAGGUGGCGGUGGUGAACGACCGCAGCGCUCCUCUGCUCGACAGUAAGACUCAAACACCAAAGAGCCAAACACCUCCCACAGAGCACCCAUACAUUCGCUUAUACCAGUACCUAAGCCAGAGCCAGCCCAAGCAGCAGGGGGCGCUGUCUGAGGAGGCCCAGAAGAAGGCUGGAGGACCAAGCUCCUCUCCGUCCCUCCACAGCGAUGAUGUCAUCGGAGCGGCGUGCGAGCAGCCCAGAGGAGGCGGAGCCGCCGCAGGAGCCAAUGGCAGCGUGGCAGGAAGUAAGUCGAGCUCCGCUCCUCCAAUCGGAGGCCUGUUCAUGGGCGGAGUCCCCAAGCUGAAGCCAGUAGGAGACUUGUCGUCAGGACGACCUCCGUCCACCCGUUCUGCAGCGCCUCGCCCUCCAAGCCAUCGCCAUGACGACGCAGAGAGCCCCUCCCCGCAGGCGUUGUCGCCGACAGAGACGACUCGACCUCAGCGACCUUCGCUCCCCAACCUCUCCUCCUCCCCCGCCUCCCCUUCUUCCCCGUCUACAGGCAUGAAGCACUCCUCCUCCGCCCCUCCUCCUCCUCCCCCCCUCGGUCGCCGUGGCAAUGCCCCCUCCCCUCCCUCCUCAUCCUACAACAGAGAGAAACCCCUUCCACCAACACCCAGCAACACCCCGCCCCUCCCCGCCAAGCCUCCCCCGUCUCCUAGCAACAGCAGACGCCCCCCCACCUCUGGGGGAAACUCCGCCCCUUCCAGCUCCACGCUGGCCCCGCCCCCUCCGCCGUACCGCAUCAACGGCCCAGCAGGGGGCGGCGAGGCGGCGCCCGAACUGCCGCAGCGCCACAACUCUCUGAGCAACAAGAGGCCCGCCCCCUCACCGGGAGGCCACACCCCUACCAGAGGCCCCGCCCCUCCACCGCCACCAGCGUCGCCCACGCCAUCCCAGCAGGGUGCCAGCAGGCCGCCGCCCCCUGUCAGAGAGCCGCCCAGCAGGGGUGCAGCUCCUGCUGCUCCGGCGUCAGCGAGGGCGGCUGGCAGAGAAGCCCCGCCUCCUCCGCCCUACAGGACGCACGGUAGCCCCUCCCUCUCCUCGGACCCCCCCUCCAGAGGAAAGCCUCCCCCCCCUCCCUCGCGCACACCCGCCGCCCCUCCCCCACCGCCCCCUCCCCUCCGUAACGGACACUCCUCCUCCUCCAUCCCUCGCUCCUUUGUUGACGACUUCGAGUCCAAGUACUCCUUCCAUCCUCUGGACGACUUCCCGCCUCCGGACGAGUACCGACACUUCACCAAGAUCUACCCGAGCAGAGCUAGCCGAGUGAUGAGGGGAGCUCCGCCUCUUCCUCCUGUCGGCAGGUGAACCUCCAGCUCCUCCCUUCUCCUCCCCCUCACCUGCUUCUUCAUCCUGUUUGUCCAUCUGCACCUCAUCUUCACUUGCAGCUGAUUGGCUGAGGAGAUGUCCGAUAGAUCUACCAAUCAGAGAGGAGGACUCUGGUUAAAGGAGCGGCGCGUCUUCCUCCACGUGUUGGAUUUCUGUUUGCACUUUUCGUUUUGAUCCGAUGGCCGCAGGAGGCCCGCUGCUGGUUCUGUUAGCCAACCGGGCCGGGUUCUGACGGGUCCGGGAGGGUUCUGGAGGAUGAAGAUGAAGUUAUUAAUGACAGAAAACUAAGAGAUUCUUUAAUCAUCACUGACAGAAACACUAAUCAACGAUCCGGGUCGGGUUCUGCAUCUGAACUGGGAUCAGAUCAAACUCCAUGAAGAAUUAAAAACCUGUAAAUAUUCACCAUCAUCAUCAUCGCUGACGACGCAUCCAAAUGGGCCGGUUCCUAAACAGGUCGCCUCUUUAAGUGCCAACAUGGACCAAACCAGGACAAACGGACCUGCUUCAUAGUUUCCCAUGAUUCACUGCAGCUGCACGUUGGGCAACAAAACCGUUUGGUUCUGAUCCUGAAAUGUGAAAGAAAAAGAAAGUUAAAAUUUGAAAAUUUUGUACAAAAUUCUGCAGAACCCAUCUGUUGGUUCUGCAGGGUUAAGAAGAAGCUGCUAAGUGAUGUCACUGGUUGCCAUGGUGAUUCCUUCCUUUUCUCAGAAAAUUUUAAAUCAUAUCAAAAUAUUUUUUCUGACCUCCAUCAGAACCUCCUGCUGGAUUCCCAUGGUUCUGGUUCUGCUGCAGGUUCAAUAGAACCUCCAGGUCCAGUUUCACCAAUCAGAUGUGAGAGUGGGCGUGUCUUUCUGCUCUCUGGGCUCUGAUUGGACAGAAACAGGAAGUCCUCCAGAGACAGACUUGUGACUGGAUGAGGAGCUGGCUGGAUCUAGAAGGUCCUGGAUGUUCUACAGGGUCAGAACCACCAUCAAUCUGAGCUGGAGCAUUCUGGGAAAAUCGACCCAGUUACAGAAACUGGGUCGGGUUAGAUCCAACUGGACUCUGGAUGGAGGUUCUGAUGGAUCGGAGCGGUUCUGAGAUUCUGAACGUUAUUUUCUGUCAUUCUGAGAACCCAAAAGGUUCUGGUACUGAAGUCAGCAUCUCCUAACGUUUAGGAGAAAUUAAUAAAAGAUCAAAUUUAUUCUGGGAUAAAAUGAUGGAAAAGGUCCGAAGGCGUUCAGAUACCAUGUGGAUGAGACAAAAGGUUCUGAGUAAAGUCGAAGAGUCAUUCGGACCUCGGUCCGGUUCUGACCAGAACCUGAGCCCAGGAGCAAAUCUUUGAUUUUACUAAUAAAAAUAUUAAAAUGAUCAUUUGUGGUUUCUGCAGGAAUAAAAGUUUAGUUUUGAUUUCCAUUUCUUCUCCUCGGACUGGACUUUCUCCUGCGGUUCCGGUUCUGUAUAUAUUUGUAAUACUGCAGCUCCUGUGUGUUUUGGUCUGGCCAUGUUCUUCGCGAACCUCCUGAUGUUUCUGCAUGCAGAACGUUCUCCUGUCCGGUUCCGCUGGUUCCGGGUUUCCAUGCUGGUUCAGAAAUCUCCUGAUUUGCUGUUUGUGUCAGAAUACACUCGGUGUCGCCCCCUGGCUGCAGAGGACGGUGUCGUCCUGCAGCAGUCCCAGUCCAGCUGCAUGCUCUCUAACUGGUCUAACUGGUCUCUGAAUAAACUCCAGCAGCUUCUGGUCCCUCUGUGUGACUCUGUGACUCUUGGCUAAAGGAUUCUGAUUAAUCCUGAGAAUUAAAGUUGUAAAAUUAAUUUUUCUGGCUACAGAUUUAUAAACAUAAUUAUUUACUUUGCACACAUGUAAAAGUUUUUUUUAGUUUGUCUCAAUAAACAAUAAAGGCUGCA